ACCAGAAACUUUGCUGUCUGCCACGUUGGUGGGCUCUAUGUGGCGGACAUUUAAUGAUUUUGUCUCUAAUGGUUGGCCCUUGAAUCUUAUGGUCUUCCACUAAUGCUUUCACAAUCAACCCUCUUUGGCUUAGCAGUAGCGACGUUGGCCUCUAUGGCUGCCAUAAUACGUUAUUCCCAUGAUACUUUGACCAUUUCAUUGGGAUUUGCAACUAUUGCUGGCGUUGUAUCUUACUAUAUGCUGCCACAGCUGAUUCCCGUCUUCAUCCUUUCCAACAUUGUCGGCAAGGAUGUUCUCAAGAAGGACCGGCCAGUGCUAGCCGAGACAAUGGGACUGCCAGCCGCCAUCAUUUAUCUCGUAGCCAUGUUUCUGUUCGUUCCUUUUCCCUUCAUGUCUUUCUUCAACGGAAAUGCGACUUUGGUGCAUGACGAACAACCUAUUGCUGGAGUUUUUCCUUACCACAAACUGUCGGAAAUUCUCUCUGCACUUCUCGCAAUCCAAUCCAUGGCAUUACUAGGAUUUGCUGAUGAUGUUUUUGACGUUCGAUGGCGUUAUAAAGUAUGGUUUCCUGCAAUCGCGGCCAUACCGUUGUUGAUCGUCUACUACACCAACUUUGGAGUGACUUGGGUAAUGGUACCCUUACAACUUCGGCCUUACCUUGGCGAAUUAGUAGAAUUGGGAUGGCUGUACUAUGUAUUUAUGUUGUUAUACUCUGUGUUUUGCACACACAGUAUCAACAUUCUUGCUGGAAUCAAUGGUUUAGAGGCUGGCCAAUCGAUAGUCAUCGCGCUCUCAAUCGCUAUCAACGAUCUGCUGUUUAUUCAGGAUAAGCAGGCAACUUCACCCGCUGUUGAAACACAUUUAUUCAGCUUAUACCUUAUACUACCCUUCAUCGGCGUGACAGCUGGCCUGUUAUGGCAUAAUUGGUAUCCAGCUCGACUUUUUGUUGGAGACACAUAUUGCUACUUUGCUGGAAUGACAUUUGCUGUUGUCGGAAUACUUGGGCACUUUACAAAGACACUCAUGCUGUUCUUUAUACCCCAAAUCUUCAACUUCAUAUACUCAGCACCGCAAAUCUUCCGAUUGAUCGAAUGCCCUCGUCACCGCAUGCCAAAGUACAACCCUGAGACUAACAAACUCGAACCAUCCAUGGCAUCUCUCCAGAAAAAACCAGUCGGAAAACUUGGAAAGAUUAUCCUGAAAUUAUUCUCUACGUUUGGACUGGUUCGCAUUAUUUACAACGAGCAAGGAGAGCCGACAGAUUGCAAUAACUUUACUCUCAUCAAUUUGGUAUUGGUCUGGUUCGGGCCCAUGAACGAAGGGAAAACCACAGCGGUUAUACUUCUCAUUCAGGGACUCUGCAGCUGUAUAGGAUUUUUCAUUCGAUACAAGUUGGUGCAAUAUGUAUAUUAAGGUGUCCUCACCGAACAAAAUAUACGUAAGCAUGGUGUCAUGCAACCUUGUAACCUUUAGGGCUUGGAUUAAUGACCAAGACAGAAUAGACACCUCUCGGGAGCUAUCAUCGUAAUUGAACAUAAAAUAAUAAGCUUCAUUCAAAGAAAGAAAUGGCUUAUUUACGGU